UGAUAAGACAGAAAUUUCUUAAAUAAACUACUAUAUACUAGAAGUCAUUGCACUUCCAUUACACAACCAUUCUCUUAUCUAAGACAAACAAAACUAAACCUUUGAUAUCAUAUCACAUGUCUAAUCUACUAUGUUUUAAAAUACAAAGUUUAUUUAUUGUCACCCACUGUUAUUUGAAGGAGAAAUAGAAGCCAGCUGGUCAGUAUAUUAAAUCUUACCAGUGUAUUAAAUACCGGAGCAUUAUCAAUGUAAUAAUUCUAAGAACAGCUUGAAAUGAACAUUUCUGUCAAAAAAAUCUUUAAAAAUGUCAUCAAUAGAUACAAUGUUAACUGAAAUUUCUAAUGGAAGUACAUUUAACUGCAAUAAUACAAGUAGUGAGGAUGUCAUUUCUAUUGCUUAUAAUUUUGCUUUUAAUUCAGUAAUAUGGAUUGUCUGUUUGAUAAUAUUUUCAAUCAUACCAAAACUGAUCCAAAACUAUCGUCAAAACGAAGCUUCAUGUAUCAGUCCAUCUUCUAAUACUUUAACAGAUUUAUCAUCUGUCAGUGAAUUGCAGUUGAGUUGUGAAUCAACAACAGCCGAGACUUCAUUUCCAGAACAUCUUCGUCAGACAGAUCAAUUCACUUCCUGGCUCCGAGUUUUCUGGCGACUCACCGACAAGGAUAUCACACAAAAAUGUGGGCCAGAUGCUAUAGCUUAUUUGCGCUUUCAAAGGUAUUUGAUUGGUUACCUUUUCUUCAUAUUAUUUCUCACUCUUGUGAUAAUCUUACCUGUUAAUUAUACAGGAGGACAAUUUACACCUAAGGAUAUUAGUAGUACAACAACAAUUAAUGUUCACUCCAAUCUUCUUUGGCUACAUGUCUCAGUUUCCCUUUUAUAUUUACUAGCAACCAUAUUCUUGCUGCUUCGUUUAUCACAGCAUUUAUGGACAAGUAAUAAAUCAAAUACCUUGCUGAUAAGUAAUAUCCCUCAGGUUGAAAACAGCAAGAAUUUGAUUGAAUUGCAUUUGAACAGAGCAUAUCCAAAUAUAACUGUUAAGAAAAUAGUAAAUGUGUAUGAUACCAGAAAAAUCUUGGAAUUAGACCAAAAACUUCAAAAAAUCCGUCAUCUCAAAGAGCAUUACCAAAAUGUUGUAAACGCAGAAACCUAUCAAGAAUCUGACAUCAAAGAAAAUGUUGAGAGUACAUGUUUUAGAAGUAAUUAUAUAAACAACCUUGAUGAAACAGAGGAAACAAUCUUAUCGGAGAGAGCCAUGGAAAGUGAGCAACUUAAAGAAAAAUCACUGGGAAUAGUAUUUGUGAAAUUAGCUUCAGUAGAAGAGGCAGAAUAUAUAUAUUCAUCUUUUCAUUCAUUUUGCAAAUGCAAACGUCCUGUCAUCCCAUCAGAAUUUAGUGAUGUACUAAAAGUCAAAAAGUGGCGAAUGAGUUAUGCUCCACGUAAGGAAGAUAUUAUCUGGCAAAAUUUGCCUACCUCACAUUUUUCUAAAUUUAUUAGAAAAAUAAUAGUUGCAGCUAUUUUGUUUUUUGCCUGUUUAGUUGUCACAAGUCCUGCUCUUGUUACAUCUCUUUUUGAAAAAAUUAACAAGACAAACUCUCCCUUCUUAGAUAUUAUACAAAGUCUUCUGCUUAAAUUUAUGGUUAAUCUACUACCAAUGAUUGUAACUGCUUCAAUUGCCUUUCUAAGGAGUUGGACUAAAAGUUUAAAACAGAAAAAAACCAUGAUAGCUUUGUUUACAACACUUUUAUUUGCGGUUCUAAUCUUACCAUCACUGGGUCUGACAACAUAUGAUUUUCUGUCCAAAUCUGUGAAUAUACAAUCAAAAAUGCAUUGUAUAUUCACAAUGGGAAAUAAUUAUUUGUUUGUGAACUAUGUCAUAGUUUCAGCACUCAUUGGCACUGGUCUUGAACUUCUUCGAAUUUCUGAAUUACUAACGCUACUGUGGCGUUACUUGACAAUCCGUUCAACUGUAAAGAGAAGGACAUUAAGAGAAUAUGAUACCAUUGAAUUUGAUUUUGGUGAACAGUACGCAUGGAUCCUCUGCCUGUUCUCUGUGGUCGUUACGUACAGCAUACUCUUCCCAAUUAUUUCAAUAUUUGGAUGUCUCUACAUCAUUCUCAAAUAUUGCGUCGAUCGUUACAACUUGUAUUUUAUUUACAGGAAGUCAUAUGUUCACAAAACCGUGCACUUGUCAGCAACAAACAUAAUGGUUUUAACGUCCAUACUACCUCAAUUCUGCAUCUUGGAAUUCACUCUCCUGGUAACUUCAGAUAAUCACUUGCCUCCACAUGUAUUUUACUACUCUUUAGCUGUAUUUGUGCUCAGCUUGACUGUCUCUAUAUCCAUCAUUGUGUGGUUUUACUUUAAGCAACAGCAAGUCAUCAGGUUUGUCAAUCGUCUGACCAAUGGAUGUUGUUGUGUCAGUGAACCAAAACUAAACAGUACUAAAUGCGACUAUGGUUCAAUAAGCAAUUCUUGAUAAUGGAUUAACUUUCAUUCGGUGUGAGAUUCUCUGUGUGUCAUGGAUGAGAAUGUGUGUGUGUAACUUGUUUUAGUCAGUGUGGAUACGAAAUCGCUUUCAUACAUAUUUACAUAUAUGAUUUUGUUGGUUCCAGUCACUUAAUUACAACCAUAAUUAAUCUGAUACUCAUUUCUCAAAAUCUAAAGAAUAGUUGCACAAACCGAGUUUAGAGAGUUAUGUACCUUUAAUGAUAUGAAUGCCUGUGUGCGUGUGCGUGUGUGUGAGAGGGAUCUAUUUAUCCAUCUAUCUGUCUGUCUGUCCACUCACUUGGCUUUCUCUCUGCUUGACUUCCUGCCAGCCUGUCUGUAAACGUACACACACACACACACACACACACACACACACACACACACACAC